GCAGAAUCAAGUUCCUGUGGCUAGAGAUCUGUGACACAAUGCGCGUCGACCACUUUUGAAGCAGCACCCUUUUGCCAGUGGUGCUUGUGACCGGGCGAAAAGCCACGAAAGUGCUUUGCUCAAGUGUAAGGAGAGGGAGAGUACUAUUUGCUUAGUGUUUGAGGUAUUGACGGCCAUGUCGGUUGGCGAAGGCAGUCAUUGAAAGCAAUGGGAGUCUUUGGUGACAUGCGGAAGGAAACAUUUGCAGCGUCGGUGGCUGCUCUUAUCCUGCUGCUGCUGUUGUACUUUGAGCUCUACCGAUGGGAGGGCGUGCACUUGGUCAUGACGGCAUACGAGCCCGCGCAAAUCCCGUACGUCGCGACAAACUUCUCGGCGCCGGGCCAAAGCAUCCGGCAGCGGAUGCGGCAGAUUAUCGAGAGCUCGCAGGAGCAGAUGCUCCGGGGGGGCCGGCGGUCAGAUGUCCAAAAGUGUCCCGACUGGUACAACAUCAUCAGAGAGGACUUUCAGCCGUGGAGCGAUCGGCAGGGCAUCACCCCAGCCGCCCUGUUCAAUGCGUGGCCGCUGGCUCACUUCCGGUUCCAGAUUGUGGAUGGAGAACUGUACGUGGAGCGCAACUGGCAGAUGAUGCAGUACAAGUACAUGGAGUACCUGCGCUUCUACUACUCCGUGUGGGGCAUCCUGCAGCUGCUCGAGCGGUACCCGGGCCAGGUGCCCGAUGUUGACGUAAUGGUGGAAACGUUCGACCAUCCGUUGGUUGACAAGUACCAGUGGGAGAUGGACAUGGACCCGCCCCCGCUGCUCAAGUACUGCGGCACGCCCAAUCAUUGGGACAUCACGUGGCCCGACUGGUCCUUCUGGGGCUGGGCGGAGCUGGAAAUCCCCCCGUGGCAGCUGCAGCUAGACGCGAUCGUGCAGACCAACAAGACCGACUGGGAGAAGCGGCCCGGGCACGCCUUCUGGCAGGGCGGCUCCGAGCAGUGCCUUGCGCGCCAGGAGCUCUGGAAGUGCGAAGACAACGAGAAGCUCAGGUGGGGGGUCGAGUUGCGGCACGUUGAUUGGGGCGAGGGACUGGUGGACAACAAGCUGCUGGAGAAUCAGUGCCAGCACAAAUUCAAGCUGUACAUGGAGGGCUGGGCUUGGUCCGCCAGCGGCAAGUACAUCCUGGCGUGCGACGCAACCACCCUCAUGGUCGAAUCCGAGUGGUUCGAGUUCUGGUACCGGGGCCUCAAGCCGGGCGUCAACUUCCUACCGGUCGCAAAAGCCCCCAAUUUAUGCGCCAACAUUCGCAAGACGGUCGACUGGGGGCGCGCGCACCCGCGGGUCGCGAAGCAGAUUGGGCGCGCGGGGACCGAGUUCCUGAUGCGCGAGGUCAACAUGCCGCUCGUGUAUGACUACAUGCUGCACGUGUUGCGGGAGUAUGCCAGCCUGCAGACAUUCAAGGUCCAACCGAGUCAGUAUGCGCUCAAGGUGACCACCAAGACGUGGCUCAAGGACGCGUUCGACGAGCGAAACUCCGAAAGCGACCUUCCCCGGGGACUCCGCUACUUCCCGGAGGUCCUCCGCCCGGGGAUCCCUCCCAAGAAGGUCCGCGCACAGUUGCUGGUGGAGGACCGCGCAGAGCGGCCCCCCUGCGUGGUUGACUGGGGGCAGCCGGAACGGCCGUCGCUGGAUCCGCGGGACACGGUAGGGAGCAUACCGGCGGGGCUGUUGCGGGAGUUUGAGGAGCUGGCGGUGCGCGAGGAGGAGGACAGGAGGGUGGCGGAGGAACGGGAGAGGGAGGAUGCGCGGGCGAGAGAGGAAACGGAGAAGGCAGCACAAGAAAGGGAGAAGGUGCUCGCUCGGGAACGCGAGAAAGAAGGUCGCGGGAGGAGUGGUAGGGAGGGGCUCAAGGGGGAGAGGGAGGAGCUGAGGGGGGCUGCGCAAGCGACGGAGUCUAGUGGUGGGUCUUUAGGGGAACAGGGUGGCAAGCUGCUUGGUGACAAGAUUCUGGGCGAGCUGGGGCGAGGAGACGGCACGACGGAAGUGGAAGCCAGGUCUGUUGACAUUGAACUAACAGUGAAGCCCUUAACCUUUGACGAUUUGCCUGGUACAGGAAACAGCCGGCUGGAGCAGGCCACUGGCACAGUUGAAGACCAGGUUGUUGAGUCAGGUUCAGAGGGCUUUGACGUGCGGUUGAAGAAGAGGUCGGCUCCAGGCAAAGGUGGUUAAAGCAACAAAACUGGGACCCCGCAUGCAAUGGGGAAAGUUUACGGCCAAAACAAAACUUUACCUCACACUAAGGUUGACGUGGUAGGUUGUCUACAUAUAUCAUUCGUAGGCAAUGUUUGUGUGUAAUAAGAAGGUUGGCUUGACUGCCAGUAUGCAAGGCCAGAUCAGAAGGAGGAUGGAAUGCAUACAAAAUAUACUGCACGCUAGUAUUGUAAGUUGUGUAUGAUGACAGACUGAACUUUUAAGAGUGACCGUCUUCGCAGGUUUCAACAGUAGCAGCUACUAAGCAAUCAAGAAUUCAAC